AUGUCGCCCGCAAGCGACUCACAGAUACAUCGCCCUAACUCUGUGGACCAGCGAGGGCCACCGCCUCAUGAACGGGGGCGGCCAAAGAAGCUAGUUCAACCUUUGCGAAUUGGGACAUUAAAUGUUGGGUCCAUGACAGGAAGAGGCAGGGUUCUGGCAGAUAGUAUGAAAACUAGGAAAGUGGACGUGCUAUGUGUGCAGGAAACACGAUGGAAGGGAAACAAGGCGAAAGAAUUAGGUGAAGGGCAAGGCACAGAUGAAGAAAAAGAACAGUCUUGGGCGGCACUACAAGAACUGGAGAAGAUUGAUAAAACUGAAAGAUGCAUAAUUGGAGGAGAUAUGAAUGGCCAUGUUGGUAGCGGCACUGAUGCCAUCAGUCGCUUACACGGAAAUGCUUAUGGAAAUGGUGAUGAGGACGGAGAGAAGUGUGGCUUGCUUGUCUAUGAUUUCACCACAGCUGUCUCGCAGAAGCAGAAAAGGAAAGGUACAACUCAGAGAAGGAUAAAAUGGUUGAAACUAAAGGAAAAUGAUUUCCAACAAGAGUUCAACGAGAGCUGA